GUGUAACCUUUUCUAAGUGUUAGUUAAUCGAAAUAAAUAUUUCAGAUUUAGAAUACAGUACAAAAAUGGGUGUUACUGUGUUACAGCAAUACCCGGUGCCCGAACAUAAAACUGGUACUUAUGUGAUAGAAUUAUUAACUAAACGAAUAUUAGCUCUUGGAGCGACCCAGCAGGGCCAGUUUCUUGUGGAUUGCGAAAGUUAUCUAUCACUCCCACAAAUGGGAUCAACCAAAACUGUUCACAUCUUGCACAACUCUGAGCAGCCAGCAUCGGUGUUCUCCAUCCUGGAGAGUGGCACAAAGAACAUCCAUGUCAUAGCUGAUGGCCUCUUCGACUUGCUGAUGAUGAAACUUUCCCAACACUACACAUCCAAGAAACAAACUAAGAUAGAGAGCAAAGGUCCUAGGUUCGAACUUGGAGAUUUUUGUGUCAAACUAGGCUCAGUGACAAUGAAUCAGAAUUUUAAAGGGAUAUUAAUUGAGGUGGAAUACCGACCAUGUGUAAUGGCCAACGCAGUUUGGGGUCUACUCCGGGAGUUCCUGCAGGGUCUACUCGGACCGUCAGUACCUGUACAGCCUCCCCAGCAUCUCCUCAGCAAGAUGAACGAAAUCUAUGCCCCCAUAGACACCAUAUACCAGUAUUUAGAACAUUUUAGUGCGUACAGAAAAGUUACUGGUUUGAGAAAUGCGUGAAUAUUUUUUUUUGUGAUUGAAGAAGUUUGAGAAAUGCCGAAUUUUUUUGUGAUUGAUGUUUGGGAAUAGAUUCUGAACUGGACAUGUAUAGUUUUGUAAUUACAAUCACAUUGGUUGAUGAUGUAGUGUUUAAAAAAGAUGUAAUUGUAACAUAAGUGUAAGAUUUUUUACUGUAAAAUAAGAA